UUCAAAGAGGUGUGUGUGUGCGCGGGUGUGUGCGUGUGUGUGUGUGCAUUUUCUUGAAUGAACUCUGCUCUUUUUUCUGUUUACUUUGUAGUAGAGUCCAAUGUAUUACACCGUACGCACACACACACACACACACACACACACACAUAAAAUGCUGCAGCCUCAGUAAAACGAUUUAUGUAUCGCCAUGACAACAGCUGACAUUCAAACAUCCCACGCCAUGACGAACAUCAUGCCACCAUCAAACACCAACACACACCGACAUUCACCAUCAAACACCAACACACACCGACACACACCAUCAAACACCGACACACACCGACAUUCACCAUCAAACACCAACACACACCGACACACACCAUCAAACACCAACACACACCGACACACACCAUCAAACACCAACACACACCGACACUCACCGUCAAACACCAACACACACCGACACACACCAUCAAACACCAACACACACCGACACACACCAUCAAACACCAACACACACCGACAUUCACCAUCAAACACCAACACACACCGACACACACCAUCAAACACCAACACACACCGACACUCACCAUCAAACACCAACACACACCGACAUUCACCGUCAAACACCAACACACACCGACAUUCACCGUCAAACACCAACACACACCGACACACACCAUCAAACACCAACACACACCGACAUUCACCAUCAAACACCAACACACACCGACACACACCAUCAAACACCAACACACACCGACAUUCACCAUCAAACACCAACACACACCGACAUUCACCAUCAAACACCAACACACACCGACAUUCACCGUCAAACACCAACACACACCGACAUUCACCAUCAAACACCAACACACACCGACACACACCGUCAAACACCAACACACACCGACACACACCGUCAAACACCAACACACACCGACAUUCACCGUCAAACACCAACACACACCGACACACACCAUCAAACACCAACACACACCGACAUUCACCAUCAAACACCAACACACACCGACACACACCAUCAAACACCAACACACACCGACAUUCACCAUCAAACACCAACACACACCGACACACACCAUCAAACACCGACACACACCGACAUUCACCAUCAAACACCAACACACACCGACACACACCAUCAAACACCGACACACACCGACAUUCACCAUCAAACACCAACACACACCGACACACACCAUCAAACACCGACACACACCGACAUUCACCAUCAAACACCAACACACACCGACAUUCACCAUCAAACACCAACACACACCGACAUUCACCAUCAAACACCAACACACCGACAUUCACCAUCAAAUACCGACACACACCAUCAAACACCAACACACACCGACAUUCACCAUCAAAUACCGACACACACCAUCAAACACCAACACACCGACAUUCACCAUCAAAUACCGACACACACCAUCAAACACCAACACACACCAUCAAACACCAACACACACCGACACACACCAUCAAACACCAACACACCGACAUUCACCAUCAAACACCAACACACACCGACAUUCACCAUCAAACACCAACACACACCGACACACACCAUCAAACACCGACACACACCGACAUUCAUCAGUAGAGCCCAGCACAGUAAACACACAGGUCAGUGAAAUGACUGCGUGUGUAUUAAUCACAGGGCUGUGAACACUGUGCUGCAGUUGGGAGGAAGCACGGUUCUGGUUAAAGGGUAAUUUCUGUUCUCUGUGAGAGAAGACGAGGAGAUGCUCCUCUCACUCCUCUCCGCGUGAGGUAAAGACUAACAUGUCCUCGGUGUCGGGUUCUGCACUAGAGCACUCAGGAACACCGCCGCAUCGAGGCCGACUCUAAUGAAUUCUACAACAACGUUUCACCAUUCACUUAAAACAUUGAAGCGAAAUUCACUUUAAUUAAACAACAAACGCACACACCAGCAUUCAUCACUGAAUUAUUCACUGUU